AUGCCCCUUGACGUAGUCGCUGACGACGACGUCGACUUGUUUGACGAGGAUCCACUAGAGGAUGACUUUGAGGGCGAGGCCCACAUAGCUACUGGCAAUCUCUUACUACUCGCGGAUGCUCCCGCAGAGGAGGCACUUAUCCAUUCACCCGUCCCAUACUCCUUUGAGUCUGUGGCAUCUGCACCAUCACACGCGCAGGGAGCGCAGCACUACUCGCAUGAUACAGACCCUGAUAGAGCGUCAUCCGCUGCACCUGCCCCUGCCCCGAGUUUUGCGAUCGAUCACGACAUUAAUGAUGAUUCCGAUCCUGUCUUCCCACCUGGUUUUAAUCCAGACCAGGAGAUUGAGUUUAUUCAUCUAGAUCAGCCAAUGGAGGAUCCCGUGGCUCCUUUGGUGGAUGAUCAUGUUGCUAUUGAUGCUCAUAUUGAUGCUCCUCAUGUUGCUGAUAUUCCUGCUGAUUCUGUGUUUGCCCCUCUUCCUGAUCCUGUGCCUGUAGAGCCCGAUCAUGCACCCUUUGCGACCCAUGUUGACCCUCGAUAUGCGCACACCCGAAAUGGGUGGAUAGACGAUGAUGAUGACUACCCGCCUUUUGUGGUACCUGUUACACCUGUUUUAGCACCUGCUUCAGCUCCUAUUGAUGCACCUUUGUUUCCCGCACAUGUCACUAAUGCGCAUCGCGCAGACCUACCUAUCACAUUUCUCCAGGGCAUACCUACCCCACGUCCUGGGGAGGGGUCAUCUCGUCAGCCUUUUGGCCAUGCACCUCUCAUGACUGGAGGAGAUCAGUUUGUACCUCCGAUUUCUCAUCCUACUUCUUUUCCCCCCGUUGCACCAUUUGUUGUGCCAUCCUUUGUUCCAUCUAGUGAGCCUUUUCACUGGACUUCGCCACCCAUUAUGCCGCCAUCUGAUCCUUAUCAUCCUUAUCACAUGGGUUAUUCUACGGAGGAUAUCCUCAGGUCGUUCAUGAUUCAGCAGGAGGCGUUGACUCGUCGCGUGCAGGAGCUUGAGAGAGCUUAG